AUGAGGGCUGCCAUUGCAUCCGCCGCCAUUGCUGGCGCUGUCGUCGCCAAUGCAAUUCCCCUUGACAAGAUCAAGACUGUCAACGCUCGUGAUGUCGACACCCGCUUUCCGUACACUGGCCCGGCAGUUCCGAUUGGCGACUGGGUCGACCAGACCAUCAACGGCAACGGCAAGGGAUUCGUUCGCCUGACCGAGCCACCUGCGGUCAAGCCGUCUAGCUCGUCGCCAACGAACAACAUCAACGUGAUCUCACUGUCCUAUGUUCCGGGUGGCGUGAACAUUCACUACCAGACACCGUUCGGUCUUGGUCAGAACCCAACCGUUCAUUAUGGUCUUGAGCCAUUCGUUUUGUACUCGACCGCUACCGGCGCGUCCAAGACCUACAACCGCACUCCACCGUGUUCGGCAGUCAGCGUGACCGAGUGUUCGCAGUUCUUCCACGAUGUGCAGCUUACCAACCUGGUCCCGGGUGCAACCUAUUACUACCAGAUUCCGGCCGCCAACGGCACCACUGCUUCUCAAAUCAUGUCGUUCACCACUGCACGCAACGCUGGCGACAGGACCCCAUUCACAGUAGCCGUUCUGAACGAUAUGGGAUAUACCAACGCCCAGGGAACCUACCAACAGCUUCUCAAAGCUGCCAACUCGAACGCCGCUUUCGCCUGGCACGGCGGUGACAUCAGCUACGCUGACGAUUGGUACUCUGGUAUCCUUCCUUGCGCCUCUGACUGGGACGUUUGCUACACCGGACCUGGCUCGGAGCUGCCCAACACCCCUCCAGCCCCGUACCCUGCUGAAUACAACACACCACUUCCCGCUGGCGAGAAGCCGGACCAGGGUGGCCCGAAUGGUGGUGACAUGAGCGUUCUUUACGAGUCUAACUGGGAUCUCUGGCAGAACUGGAUGAACAACAUCACCACGAAGAUCCCUUACAUGGUCCUUCCAGGUAACCACGAAGCUUCCUGCGCCGAGUUCGAUGGUCCCAACAACGAGCUUACUGCAUACCUCGUCAACAACAAGACGAACAGCACUGCUGCCAAGAGCAACUUGACCUACUACUCCUGCCCACCGUCUCAGCGCAACUUCACCGACUACCAGUUCCGCUUCCGCAUGCCCGGCGCAGAGUCGAACGGUGUAGGCAACUUCUGGUACUCUUUCGACUACGGUCUUGCGCAUUUCGUUUCGUUGGAUGGCGAGACCGAUUUCGCAUACUCUCCCGAAUGGCCGUUCGUACGCGACCUCACCGGAAACGAGACAUUCCCCACGGAGAGCCAGACCUUCCCCACUGACAGUGGCCCAUUCGGCACCAUCGCCAACAACAACUGGAAGAACAACUCAGGCUACCAGCAGUACCAGUGGCUGGUCAACGACCUCGCCAAGGUCGACCGCACCAAGACUCCUUGGGUGUUCGCCAUGUCUCACCGCCCCAUGUACAGCUCCGAGACUUCUUCGUACCAGGCUAAUGUGCGCAACGCCUUCGAGCGUGUCCUUCUUAACGCUGGCGUCGACGCCUACUUCUCCGGCCACAUCCACUGGUACGAGCGUAUCUGGCCCAUCGGCAACAGCACGAUCGAUACUUCUUCGAUUGUCAAUAACAACACCUACCUGACCAACCCGAACGUGAGCAUGACCCACAUCGUCAACGGCAUGGCCGGUAACAUCGAGUCCCAUUCCACCAUCAACGCGUCAAAGGUGCUCAACAUCACCGCCGUCCUGAACCAGUACAACUUCGGCUUCAGCGAGCUCGAGAUCCACAACGAGACGACCGUGACCUGGAACUACAUCAAGGGUAUUGACGGCACCGUCGGCGACACCCUUACCCUUAUCAAGCGUAACUCCAGCACCGCCACCACCUACCCGCAGCCACCUCACUGGGGCUUCGGUUCGCUUCGUGGGUUCUUCAACAACGCGUGGAGUAACUUGAACUGCACGUGGAGCACUCUUAAUGUGUAA